AUGCCAACCACGGGUUCCAGUCGUCGAGAGGACAGUGAUGGUAACGAGCUGGCUGUUUUUCCUGGUAGAAACCUAUCAGAUGAAGAGGCCCGAAACGGAGUGUAUCAGGAAUCGAGUGUGUACGCUAGUGUCCAGCAUCAGGUUCAACGCGAGCAACACGAUUCGCCGAACGAAAUCAGUCCAGAUGGAAGUGCUCGUCUCUGGGAAGACCUGAAGACUGAGACAGGUUACGCCUCAUAUGCUGCUUAUUUAGAAGCUUACGAGGAAAGACAUCCGGAUUUGAAGUGGUUGAAAAAACAAGUGCAAGGUUACAACUGGACAGGAAGUAGGAAACGGCUUGCACCCGAGCAUGUCAUUAUAGGCCAGUAUGUCGUGACCAUAGCCCGUCAUUAUCUCCCAGCAAAUCCGGAUGCCACACCCCUUAUCUUGAUCCUUGGCAAUGUGAGGGACCCCUUUUCCAUCGGAAAAAGGUUCGAUGAAGUGAAACCCUUUCAGAAUCCGGCCGUGGGACGCAUCUCCAAUGCUAUGGAGAAAUUACCAACAUGGAUGCAGGAGUAUGUUCGUGUUCUACAGUCUGAUCUUGAAAAGGGGAGAGGAUCAAAGGAAAAUAUUACGGACCUGUCAUUCAGGUCGCUGGCUCCAUUGCUGCGUUGGAGUACCUUUAGAACACGCGAAAAAUGUUGCUUGGUUCGAGAAGGGUACUCCAAGUUUGUUACUCCCCGGAAGAGUCUAGUGCGCUGGCAAGGAAACGAAACAACACUGGAAGGUUUGUUCCAUAUGCGGCUUGAUCUACGGCGAAUGAUUGAAGACUCAGAGGACGGUUUCGAGCAGUUCCGAAGAUUCACGCGUUCGCAACAAAUAAAUGAUGUACCGCAAACCAAAUCAUCUGCGAUGGUGGAGGAUGAGAUCCAGCAAACCCAUCUCGAAGCACAUCGCUUGGAGAUCGAGAUCCGUAACUUUCUGCAACUCCAGAUUGGAGAAUUGGCAUUACAGGAGUCUAGAAGGUCUAUUGAGCUUUCCAAUCUCCAAAUUGAGGAGGGAAAACGAGUGAGAAUCUUCACCAUACUCGCUUUCGUCUAUGUUCCUCUUAAUCUUGCAACCUCAAUCUUUGGCAUGAAUCUUCAGCAGCUCAAUGGAAGCGGACAACACCUUUCUCUGUUUAUCACCACCGCGGCGGUCACACUAGCUGUUACAGGAGGCUCGUGGCCCGGAAGACUUAUUGACGGAAAGCUUGGCGCCGGAUAUGUGGGGAACGACCCGACGCUUAAGGUGUUAUUCGCCGGAAAUGGGGCCGACCUGUUGACGCCCGCGGGUCCGGGAAUUCUAGCCCAGGGGGUGCUUGGUGACGGGAGUCCCUCGGGCUCAAGGGUCGGGACGGGGAUGGCGACUGGAAUUGGAGUAAAGGUCGGAGCGCUGCCGUUGAAGCCUUUGAAGGGAAACGGAGUUGGGAGCGAAAAGCCUAAUGAUGGUAUGCCGUUCGAAGGGAUGCUGAAAGAUGGAAGCCCAAUGGUGGGCUGGGAGAUGUUAAGGCUGGGAGACGGAAUAGUCAGGGAUGGAACCGCCACAGAUGGAACAGUGAAUAAGGGAACACCCAAGUACGGCAAGCCAAUAGUGGGUUCCGAGAUACCAAGACCAGGAAACGGACUCGUCACGGAUGAUGCACCUAUCGCAGGUAAACUCGUCGACGUGACGCUCUCCACCUUAUUUGUGGGAAUAUCGAAGAUCGGAAACCCGUUGGGUGUCGCGGGAAAUGUGAUUAGUGGAAGACCAAAGGAAUCGACGGCCGAUGGAGGCGUAGGCAUCGAGUCCAUGAUGGGAACUGGGAUGGAGAAUGGCGGGGCACCGGUCAUUGCGGGCAAGGGCAAACUGGGCGGUGGGAGGAUUGAAUUGGGAUUGGUCACCGAAAGAAGACCAAACGAGACCGAGCUGACAGAAGGAAAGCCAAGCGAACCAAGACUGACUGAAGGCACGGAAAUCGACGUUAGAGUCGGCACCGAGACCCCGACAUCUUCGAUACUGCUUGACACGAGCUCGGGAGGCUUCCCCGAACCAGUUGGGAUACCAGAAUCACGGGCAAGGGCCUGCAAUACUGAUUGA